AUGGGUUGGAGAACGGUCUUCAUUGCGCAGACACCCAUAUUACUGCUGGCCGCCGCGGCAUGUGCGAUGCUCAUACCAUCGCUACCGGCGUUUCUGCCUCCUGACGACAAUAGCGAUGCGGUGGCCGGCACCACAAAAGUUGGAGCGACUGGAGAUCAUCGAAUCUCGACCGUCCUCCGACAUGUCGAUUUCGGGGGCGCUCUUCUAUUGGUCAGUACCAUCACACUCGGACUGCUCUCAAUGGUCUUUCUCGGUGAUGGACACACUAUUCACGACACUCGCGUAACGCUGACGCUCGGACUCUGUAUCGUCUCUGGGAUGCUGCUUUACUUAGUGGAACGCUUCAUUGCUCCCCAGCCGAUGCUGUCACGCAGACUGCUAUCUAAUUCUGUCGUGGUGAGAGUGUACUUGACUAAUGUUCUGGGUAUGGUUGCACAGUCUUUGAUCCACGAAAAUCCCGAGGUCGCAUAUAAGGAGUACAAAGCACAUGAUGCCAACUCAAACCUCCUAGAAGAACUCGGAUUCAAGGUCACUCUGCGCUGCUGA